AUGGAAUACCUCCAUAGAUGCUUGAAGAAACUCCAUGGCAAUACGAUAUUUAAAUUUCAUCCUAAAUGUAACAAACUAGGUAUAACAAGUAUCUGUUUUGCGGAUGACCUGAUGUUGUUCACUAGAGGUGAUGUGGGAUCUGUACAAGCAAUGAUGGACACUGUAAACCAGUUCUCUACAGCAACAGGUCUCAAGGCUAGCCCUACAAAAUGCAGAGUCUACUUUGGGGGUGUUGAUGAGACAGUUCAACAAAGGAUCUUGAGUAUCACUGGAUUCCAGAUUGGUAACUUACCUUUCAAAUACUUGGGGGUCCCUCUCAUGUGCAGAAGUUUGACUGUAAACAUGUGUAAACCUUUAAUAGACAGAAUUACCUCCAAGAUCACACAUUGGACUUCAAAAUUACUUAGCUAUGCAGGGAAACAACAAUUGGUGAAGAGUGUAUUGUUUGCUAUCACUAAUUAUUGGAUGCAGGUUUUCCAACUGCCUAAGUGUGUGACCAAACACAUUGAAGCCAUCUGUAGAAGCUUUGUGUGGAGUGGGAAAGCUGAGAUUUCCAGGAAAGCACCUGUGUCCUGGAAGAAGAUUUGCGAGCCAAAGAAUGCAGGGGGAUUGAAUAUAACAUCUUUGAAUGAAUGGAAUCUGGCCACUCUAGGGAAGCUCCUAUGGAACAUUCAAGCGAAAGCUGACAAAAUGUGGGUGAAAUGGAUAAACAUAUACUACCUUAAGGAGCAAGACUUCUUUGUAUGGCAACCAAAAUCUGACUGCUCUAUUUUGAUGAAGAAUUUAGUUGCUUGCAGGGACAUUAUCACGCAGAGUGGAUACUGGCAGGCUGUACUUCAAAAUGGUUUUUAUAAAACCUCGAAGAUGUACAUGAGCCUACGAGGGGAAAAGGAACCUGUCCCUUGGAGAAAGAUUGGUUUUCAGAAUCUGGCUAGACCCAGGGCCCAAUUUUUGAUAUGGAUGGCUUUUAUGGAUCGUUUGAAUACAAAGACGAGGAUUCAACAGUUUGGUAUCCACACAGAUCUGCGCUGUGCUUUCUGCCCUGAGCAAGAAACAAUUAACCACAUAUUUUUUGAGUGCAGGUGGACUAGAAGUGUAUGGACUCAAAUGUUGGUUUGGCUUGGCUAUCACCAUGUACCUGGAAAUUGGCAGUAUGAAAAACAGUGGAUAACUAUGGAAACAAACAAAAAGGGCUGGAGGCGACAACUUCUCAAGGCUGCAACAACUGAACUUAUGUAUGCUAUCUGGCAGAAUAGGAAUGCCAUUGUGUUUGCGCAGGGGACUCGAGAAGAUCAUGUAUUGGAAAGAGUUAAGUUCAUUAUCUAUACAAGGUGUGCUAGGCAUAGAACUCUUACCACACAUUUUGAUGAGAAUACUCUCUAUGUAGAGUGA